UGUGAUCCCAGUUGUACUUAUUAAGGCAAUUUGUAUUUUUCAAAGAAACUUCCGUGUUACUUGUAGUUUUCUUUUGCGUAUCAGCUAUGUACUUGGGGUCUUUAACUGUCAACUUGAGCUUCAACAUGACUUAUAGGUGGUCUGUCACCUAUAAAGGACAAUUUACCAGUUCCAGACAGCCAGGCAGUUAAAUACACUUCAACAUGCUUCUUGCUAAGGACGGUGCCUUUUGCAAAUAUUUGAGAUAUUUGUUCUCAGUUGUAAUUUAUUAGUGAACCUGUAUCCUCAUAGCGACUCCUUGGGAGGUGCAGAAGACAAAGCCAGAAAGCAAACGAAAUUCGUUCAUUACAUAUCAAAAAAGAGCUUUCAUUUACCUCUCUUUGUGGGUAGACUUACUGGUAUGUGUCUUUGAUGCCUGUUUAAUUUCACGUAGUACCACGUCUAAUCAUGCUGUGUAAAUAAUCUGACAGAAUAUCCCUUUACUUGGUUUUUCCUUGUGAAGAGCAUACAGCACUGCCACCUUGUUGCCAAAGUUUUGUCUGAUUUGAAAGUGCUUAAAAAUCAAGCGAACGCCUGCUGUGAAAAAGAGCUUACUCUCUCACCCUCUGUCACUACUUGCAAAAACAGGAAAACAGCGUAAAGGGAGAUAGCACCAUGGGACUGAAUUCAAUAAUUAGCAUAAUCAUGAUGCUCCGUAUUGUUCCCCAGGGCACGCCCCUUGGCCAGAUCUCCCAUUAAGAGGACACCGAUGUUGUCCCAGUGAAUAAAUCCCCGCACACAUGAUGCAGAUCAGCGAGUUCCUGCCCGCUGCGCCGGUGCAGUUAAUUUUAGCCAGGGUUUGUUCUAUGAGUUGUAAAACUGUUUACCCAAGUAGAAGUUAGCAAGCUGAAAUGUGACUUCUCCGCCCCGUGUGAGAGGCGUCUAUUUUAGACUCAGGUUGUGUUGGUGACCCCCGGAGAGCAGUCUUUGAAGAACUGCAGCCCCGAUUUCCUUUGAAAGUACCGGGGGAGACCUCACAGCUUCCCCAGACUGGGAAGGAAAAUAUGGAAUGUGUUUUACCGCUGACUGAACACAACCCAAUGAACUGUCCUGACACUAGUUUGAAAACCAGCAGCUAGCAGUUUGUGCAGCUCCGGCAUCAUCCGGCACUUUCCAGAGCAGACUCAUUGUUUACGAGAACUCGCGGCCUGACAACGAUUGAACCUCAAGCUCGGCGGCUUUCAAAUACUUCUGCAAAAGAAAAGUACUCGGCGCCCUCUUUCCAAAAUGGCCACAGAUGAGUAUCUCUGGAUGGUCAUCUUGGGUUUUUUCAUAGCUUUUAUCUUGGCGUUUUCCGUGGGUGCCAAUGACGUCGCCAAUUCGUUUGGUACCGCCGUGGGCUCGGGCGUGGUGACCUUGAGGCAGGCCUGCAUCCUGGCUUCGAUCUUUGAAACCACCGGCUCGGUGUUACUGGGGGCCAAAGUCGGAGAGACCAUCCGCAAAGGCAUCAUUGACGUGAACCUGUACAAUCACACUGUGCAGACGCUCAUGGCCGGGGAGGUCAGCGCCAUGGUCGGCUCGGCCAUCUGGCAGCUCAUUGCCUCUUUCCUGAGGCUCCCGAUCUCGGGGACUCACUGUAUUGUUGGGGCCACCAUUGGAUUCUCCCUUGUCGCAAUUGGUACAAAAGGCGUGCAGUGGAUGGAGCUGGUCAAGAUUGUUGCUUCUUGGUUUAUAUCUCCGCUGUUGUCUGGUUUCAUGUCUGGCGUGCUGUUUGUACUGAUCAGAAUGUUCAUCUUAAAAAAGGAGGACCCCGUUCCCAACGGCCUCCGGGCGCUUCCCGUGUUCUAUGCUGCUACCAUCGCGAUCAAUGUGUUUUCCAUCAUGUACACAGGAGCCCCAGUGCUGGGCCUGGUCCUUCCCACGUGGGCGAUCGUGCUCUCCUCCUUCGGGGUCGCGCUGCUGUGUGCCCUCUUCGUGUGGCUCUUCGUGUGUCCGUGGAUGCGGAGAAAGAUAGCAGGCAAAUUACAAAAAGAAAGUGCUUUAUCGCGAGUCUCUGAUGAAAGCCUCAACAAAAUUCCGGAAACGGAGUCCCCAGUAUUUAAAGAGCUACCGGGUGCCAGGGCUCAUGACGACAGCACCGUCCCCCUCACCGGGUCAGCCGCGGAGCCGUCCGGGACCUCAGAAAGCAUGACAGGGGGACACCACCCCCGCGUACCAUACGGCCGGGCGCUGUCCAUGACGCACGGCGCCAAGUCGCCCGUGUCUAACGGGACCUUCGGCUUCGACGGCCCGGCGCGCGGCGAUGGCCACGUGUACCACACGGUGCACAAGGACUCGGGGCUCUACAAGGACCUGCUGCACCGCAUCCGCGAUGAGCGGCCGGCGCCGGACGGGGCCCCGCGGCUGCUGCGGCGCAACAACAGCUACACGUGCUACACGGCGGCCAUCUGCGGGCUGCCCGGCCUGGCCACGCGCCGCGGCGACACGCCCGCACCCGAGGACAGCGAGAAGCUGGUGGCUGACGCCGUGGCCUACUCCCGCCGGCGGCUGCGCUACGACAGCUACUCCAGCUACUGCAACGCUGUGGCCGAGGCCGAGAUCGAGGCCGAGGAGGGCGGCGUGGAGGUGCGGCUGGCCACCCCGCUGAGCGAGCCUGAGCCGCCGCGCGACGACGCGGCGGACGACGAGAAGGAGAAGGACUCGGCCGAGGUCCACCUGCUCUUCCACUUCCUGCAGGUGCUCACCGCCUGCUUCGGCUCCUUCGCGCACGGCGGCAACGACGUGAGUAAUGCCAUUGGUCCCCUGGUAGCUCUGUGGCUGAUUUAUGAACAAGGUGCGGUCCUACAAGAAGCAGUGACUCCCGUCUGGCUGCUGUUUUACGGAGGGGUUGGAAUUUGUACAGGCCUCUGGGUUUGGGGGAGAAGAGUGAUCCAGACCAUGGGGAAGGACCUCACCCCCAUCACGCCGUCCAGCGGCUUCACCAUCGAGCUGGCCUCGGCGUUCACCGUGGUCACCGCCUCCAACGUCGGGCUGCCCGUCAGCACCACGCACUGCAAGGUGGUCGAAGCGACUCAAUUGCCUUCGAGUGAAUUCCGGAUGAUAUUAACCACUGUCAUGUGCUCUAGAACUCAGUGGGAGAGGGAAUUCCUUGUUUAGUACAUGGACUGUUGGAGCCACAAGGAACCUUAAAGAUGAAGGAAGAGGAAAUAGGCCCCGCGAGUUUUAGGGAGUUACCCAAGGACCCCCGGGGUUGGCCGGGGCUGGAACCCAGGCCUCGUAACCCAGGGCUGCCCAGUACCUGGAGGAAUUCUAAAAUAUCUCUCCAAUGGGCCCCCUGUAUACAAAUAUACCCACCAACAACUUGAACAAAGCAAAAGCGACUUGCAGAUUUUCCUAGGUUCGUAGAUUCCUGUCAUUCCAGAAAAGCUUGUUUGUUCCCACUGUGGGCACCAAGGGUACCGCAGUGACCAAGACAGCGAUGGGCUCUCCAUUUACACACAGCCUGAAAACUCCAACCAGUGUCUGUAAACAAGCACCACUACAUGUGAAAGGCUUAUAAAAAAAUAAUGAAAUCAUGCCAUUUGCGGCAACAUGGAUGGACCUAGAAAUGAUCAUACUCAGUGAAGUAAGUCAGACAGAGAAAGACAAAUACCAUAUGAUAUCACUUAUAUGUGGAAUCUAAAAAAUGAUACAAAUGAUCUCAUUUACAAAUCAGGAACAGACUCACAGACAUAAAAAACAAACUUAUGGUUACCAAAGGGGUAACGGAGGAAGAGGGAUAAAUUAGAGGUAUGGGAUUAACAGAUACACACUGCUAUAUGUAAAACAGA